AUGUGCGACGUAGAGGUCGAGGCUACCGGUACUUGGUGGAUUGGGCCGGCUACGGCCCAGAGGAGCGCUCCUGGAUCCCUGCCAGUCAAAUCCUGGAUCCUUCCCUCCUGUCCGACUUCUACCGGGCUCACCCAGACAAACCGGGGGGUCCGCCUGGAGGCGUCCGUUGAGGGGGGGGCCCCUGUCGCGGUGGCAGCCCGGCUGUCGGUGAGUGUCCUGUUUCUCCUUUCCCUCACAUUCUGGUUUCUCCUGUGCCUCCUCUCUCUCUCUGUGUGUGUGCUCUCUCCCUCCCUGCUCCGGAGCCCGGCUGGCUACCCACACCUGCACCUCGUUUACCUCCAUCCCCGGCCGCCGCACCUGCCAGCCAUCAGCCUCAUCACUGCCAGUAUAUCUACCCCGGCUUUCCACUCCACCCUCGCUCGAUCGUCGCAGCUCUUGACCUGGUUCACUCACCUCUGCCUCCCAGCUCGGCCAGCCGGGCUCGCUCGCCUGCCUCCUCCUCUCGCCGCCUCCACGACACCCCCCCGGCUUCUCGCACCCCGCCUGGACCCCCGUCUCCAUGUCCUCACCUACCCGUCUGCCAGCCUCCCCCCUAGCCUCCAGCCUUGUGCCCUCCGUUCCUCCAGCUUCUCGGUUCCCCGAGUCCUCGUCUGCCUCUCCCCCUCCUUCCACCUGCCCUCGCCUCGAGCCUGUUUUUUCCUCAAUAAACCUCUUUUUCACCCUCAGCGUUGCGUUUGGGUCCGUUCUGUCUCCCACCGUUACAAGAAGUACCUGUUGCAGUUGAUGGAUUCGUCUUUCUUCAGAAUAUCACACUUUUCUAUCUAA